UUUAAGUCGAUUGAGAAGUCAGUUUUCAUUUUUCUACUUCGAAACAAAUUUUUUAAAUUUUUUAAAUACUACCAAAAAAAACCAACACUUUAUUAGGCCGUAUUAAAAGUAGUGGGGGAUGUAUGAUGCCACUGAAGCUGAAGCCAAAUUUACGUUAAACCAAAUUCGUUUAUAUUGAAAAUCAACAACUUCCACUUUAUAUCGGCACUGUUUGUCGCCCAGCAUUUUCGUCGUUAACGUCCAAACCAACAUAGAGAAAACGUUUUCAAAUUAUUCUUCAAGCUGAGUGAAUUGAAAAAUAAAAAAAUUAUGCCAACUGCUAAAAUGAAGACAAUACCACCCGCCGCCACAACUGCCACCACAGAUGCUAAUGAGCGCAUACGCAAGCAACAACAGCAACAACAAAAAAAGGAUGAUAAUAUCGCGAAUAACUUUGCCUCGCCAACUGCUGGCUCUGCCACUACAAACAUACCUGGUGUAGUGACACAAUUAAAUAUUCCUGCCGGCGCAUCACCAUCCACCUCAACAUCAGCGGCAAUGGGCGCGCCCGAAGCUGCGUCUGCCUUGCAUGGUGGCCGUCGAAAUCACACUAGAAAGUUGCGCUCCGCCAGUGGCGAUGCUUUGAAGUCAAUGGGCGGCGGCAAGCGUCCAACGUCAAUGAAACGCAAACACCACGUUAACUUUGUCUCACCGAUUAGCAAGUCUAAAUUGCGUCUAACCACUGGGGAUGCCAAUAAACAAUUGAUCAAUAAAACCAAAUCACGGUUGAAUGCGUCAAAUGCAAAUGCUGCUGCGAGCCUACUGCCACCGAUGCGCAAAAGCAAAUCGAUACUGAAAGUUAAACAGACGGUUGUGGUCAAACGCAAACCAGGCACGGGUAAAAUCAGCAAAAGGCUGAAGAGAGUGCCACAGGGAGCGCAAGCCGAAUUGGAGGCUGCCGAAUUAUCCAAGCUGGCUAAGCAAUUCGCAAGAAAAUUGCCAGAUGAAGAGGAGACGACCAAUUGUUUGCCACCAAUGGCGCUCACUCCUGGACGAUCGAAUAGAAUUGUUGCUGCACAAUCCGCCUCAGUUGAUGAUAAAGGGCGCGGUGCUAGCAAACAACGCAGUGGUAGUCAGAUGCUCAAGCGGCAGCGACGACACAGUGUCGGUACAAAACAUUUGCCAUCCGGUGCAGGCGUUGUAGAAUCUGGAUCUGUAAAUGUGCCAGCAGUGAGACGCUUUAGUCCCGUGCAGGACAAGUUGUUUCCUACCGACGAGAGGAAUGUCAAAGUUUAUGAUGGCACAUUGGGGGGCAAUUCGACAAAAUCUUUCGAUAUACCUACGACCAGCAACAAUUUUACAGUGGCUAUGGUUAAAGAAGAGCAUGCAAAAACAACGCAGGAAAGCAAUGAACAACAACAAGUUCCAGAGGAAACAGCAAAUAUAAGUAAUACAACGACAGUAGAAACCGUAACUGAUCUUAGUGGUGACAACAGCGGCAAUAGCAGCGGCGUGGGUGGUAAUCGCAGAACCGAAGAAAUGCAUAAUUCCAUUAUUGCGCCUGUAGUAGUGCCAAUCGCUGAUCCUGCUGCUGGCUCAACUAGUAAUAAUAGUUCGCCUAAUAAAAGGAAAAUAAACGAAGAAAGCGCAGCCAAAACUAGCACCGAAGCUGCUACAGCUGCCGGUCCAUCAACAUCCUCCCAACCAGCUGAAGAUGAUAAAGACAAGGAGGAAGAUAAAGAUGCAAAAAAGAAAAAGAAUCGUUGCGCUGAAUGCCGCAAGAAAGUUGGUCUUACCGGCUUUCAGUGCCGAUGUGGUGGACUCUACUGCGCUGUACACAGAUACAGCGACAAACACGACUGCACAUUUAAUUAUCGGGAACAUGGGGCCCAAGAAAUUCGACGCAAUAAUCCUGUGGUAGUUGGCGAAAAAAUACAAAAAAUUUGAACUUUUGUGCCAUCAACUUUAUAAUAUAAAUAUAUAUAUAAAUAUAAAUAUUAAAUAUAUACAUAAAAAUUAAAUAUAAAUAAUAAUGAUAAUAUAAUUAAUAACUAUAUAUAUAUAUAAUAAUAAUAAUAAUUAAUAUAAAAUUACAAAUGAAUGGAAAUGAAAAUCAGAUGGCAGAAAACAAAAGUAUAACUCAGCUAAAAAUAAUAGAUUAAUACAAAAAUAGAGCAGAGCGCGCGCAUAUUUAAAUCGACACUCCGCAACUACACCGCAGGCACACACACACACAUAUGCAUACAAGCAAACAAGUACCACCAACACACAGGAGAAUGCUAAUAAUAUUGAGUCCCACCAUGUCUUCAAGCGCAGUGCUACCCAAUCGCAACACCAAACAGAAUUAUUGCGACUGUAUGCUGUGACUGCAUACGGACAAACUUGCAUAAAGCACCGCAAAAUGAGAAUGGUCCGAUUGAAAGAAUGCCUCAGAGAUUGGUGGGUAUGAGCGGGGUGCGGCAAUUCUGCUCGAACUACGUGGCGGAGUGUUCAAUUAAGACUUGUCGUAUGGUGAAGAAAUUCAGAGGAGCUGUUGCUGUUAACAUGAAACGCUACUCUCCACUAAAUACAGAUAAUAAUGACUAUGUCAACGAAGCGCUUAAAACCGUUGGAGCGCUCACACACACACGUGUUGCAGACAGAAAGAUUAUAGCAAGCGAAAAAUGUACGUUGACGCACUUCCGUUCACACACACACACACACACAGCCGGCAGCUGUGGUCUCUGUGGAUUGAACAAAAUUUGAAGCUUUACCACUUCCAGCUGGCGGCAACUGCGUUACCACUGCAUACUAUGUACAGCCCACCACAAUAUGCACACACUCACACACACACGAAUACACGUGUUCAACUAUAACGGUUGAGGAAGCUUCUACCCAUGGACCGCAGUUAGAGUUUAAGAAAUUUCAGCAUUCAUCCAAAAGCAAAAAAAAAACAAAAAACAGAAUUCGCAAAUAGAAAUUUAUUAGAAAACACAUUUGGCAAUCCAAACAAUAAGAAAACUAUGGAAAUUUAUCAAUACUAUUUUCAAUUACAGCAAAAUAAGAAAUUAUAAACGAAGAAAAAAAAAUAUUAAUUAUUAUUAAUACUAUUACUAUUAUAUUAUAUUAUUAUUAUUACGACACGGGCGAGACAGAAGAAAAUGAGCUAAAAAACGGUAACAAGUAAAAAAAAGUUAAAAAUAAAAAAAAUGAAAAAAUUGUAAAAAAAAAUAAUUUUACCUAGUUUACUAUUAAUAAUUGCGUGCAGGAGUAAACAACAUAUUUUAAUUAAAACAAAAAAACUUAGUGUAUAGUGCAGUAAAUGAAGCGGUAAACGAAGGGAAAAUAAGCAAAAAUGCUGAAAAAAGAAAUCGAAGCAUUACAAAUAAUCGUAAAAAUUAAUGAGAGUAAAUGCAAAUGGAUUAAUUUAAUUUAAUAAAAUAUACAUAUUACCUAUAUACAUAAAUGAUAAUACAUUGAUGAGUGGGCGAAAGCGAUAAAAGUUAUAUUUUAACUGAUCUAGUAAUAUAAGAUUAUCUAUCUAUCUCACCACGGUUCGUUCUUUGGAAAAAAACAAACAGAAAAACAAAAAAAAAAAGGCUAAAUUAAAA